CAUUAAUAAAUAAAUUAAUGGACCCUUGCCAUCUAAAAGUCAAGAAAGAUGCAAAAAUGCAUUGUAAGAACAUCAAAUCUACAAGGGCAACUAUGAGGAGAUCUAAUCGACCUGUAAUCACUCGUGAGGGAAACAAGAAGCAGCACUCGAUCAUGGUGGAAAGGCUCUCUCUUCUUCGACUGUCAUGCCUCCUCCUCCUCCUCCUCCUCCUCACUUGUGUCGGCGUUGCAGAAGGCCGCAAGAAUCACGUCAGCUGUUCUUCGUCGUGCGGGCAUCUCCACGACAUCGGCUAUCCUUUCCGUUUGAAGAGCGAUCCGCCGGGAUGCGGAUCCCCAGGUUACGAGCUUCUCUGCGACGGCGGCAAACCUAUGCUGGAGCUGGGGUCGGCAAAGUACUACGUGACCGACAUCUCGUACGCCAACCAGACUAUCAGCGUGGUUGAUCCUAUGUUUGUAGAUGGCGAUAGAUAUUGCCUUCUUCCACUCCAAUCUCCACCGCCUGACUUUUCAGAAUUGUAUCGCAACGUCGGAGAAUGGGGGGCUUUCUUCGUGAAUUGCACGAGGCCGGUUCAAAACGGCUGGUACCAGCGCGUGCCUUGCCUAAGCAGUAACAACUCAUUUGUCUACAUAGCAGAUGAUAUGUUCCCAUCUUCUGUGGUUUCUAUUGGGCCCUCAUGUGCAUUUCUGACCAAUAUUCCGGUGCUCGCCGAUCAGUUCACGGACCAGACCACCGCCAAUAUUUCUGAGCUCUUGAAGGAGGGAUUCAUGCUUUCCUGGGACGUAGGCCCUGAACCAGCAUUUGCAGUGAUUCGUAGAUACUUGGAAGAAGCAAAAAGCAAUUUUGCCAAUGUUGUCAACAAUAAAGGGCGUCUCUCCAUUCCAUACGCUUUGUUUGAAAGUGAGGACUAUUUCGUGCACAGUAUGAACAAAAUGUUCCUCAACAAUCACUACUUUCGCUAUGCAGUCACUGUGGUUGUUGUAAUACAGAUUGUGCAGCUUUUACUAGUAUUAUGGAUUUUAGGGAGGUUCGUUUUCGCACCAAUUUCGCUUCUCACUCUAAUAGCUUAUAAGUUAUGGAGCAGUCAUGUGUCCAUCGACCUUGUAGAAAAGUUUCUCCAAGACCAGCAAAUGCUCUCACCUACGAGAUAUUCCUACACUGAUAUCAUUGCAAUCACGGACCACUUUCGAGAGAAGCUAGGACAAGGAGGAUUUGGGUCGGUCUUUAGAGGCACACUCUUAAGUGGCCAACAUGUUGCCAUCAAGAUGCUUGGAAAUUCUCAAUUCAAUGGAGAAGACUUCAUCAAUGAGGUCUCAACAAUUGGUAGGAUUCACCAUGUAAAUAUAGUGCGGCUUUUUGGCUUUUGCUCAGAAGGAUCAAAGAGGGCUCUUGUUUACGAGUACAUGCCUAAAGGAUCAUUAGACAAGUAUAUCUUCUCGGCAAGAGGAACUAGUAAUAGGCCCUUUUCCUGGGAUAAGCUCAAUGAAAUAGCACUUGGGGUGGCUCGGGGUAUUGAUUAUUUGCAUCGAGGAUGUGACAUGCAGAUUUUACAUUUCGACAUCAAACCACACAAUAUUCUCCUAGACCAGCAUUUCAACCCAAAGGUUUCAGAUUUCGGACUUGCAAAGUUGUACCCAAAGGAUUAUAAUCUUGUUUCUGUUAGUGCAGCAAGAGGAACCAUUGGAUAUAUUGCUCCAGAAUUGGUAUCGAGGAACUUUGGGAUUGUAUCUGACAAAUCUGACGUCUACAGUUUUGGAAUGCUAUUAUUGGAGAUGGCGGGAGGCAGAAGGAAUGUGGACGGGAUGAUGGAAAAUACAAGCCAAGUUUACUAUCCUUCUUGGAUCUACGACCAACUUACAAAGAAUAAUGGGAUGAUUGAAAUAAAUAACAAUAUUGAGAUUUAUGAAGUAGAAAGAAAGCUAUGUAAAGUGGGGUUGUGGUGCAUUCAGAUGAAAUCAUCAAAUCGCCCAACUAUGGACAAAGUUGUAGAGAUGUUGGAAGGGGAUACGGAUAACUUGCAAAUGCCGCCAAGGCCCUUCUUUGCAUCCUCACACCCAAUCUCCGCAAGGCAAUCUUCCAUGCAAUCCAUUUCUAUAGAACUAUCGAUCAUUUCCGAGCAGGAAGACUAUUCAAAUUCAGAUCAAUAAUAGAAGAGAAGUAAAAUUUGUUAGUUCAGUUACUCAAAGCUAAGUUUGCUGUUGUGUGGAGCAACGAAGUUAUAUGCCAAUGAUUUUCAGUGCAUUCCAUGGCUAGUAACUUAGUUGAGGGUUAUCUAUAUAUCAUCUAUCUAUAGUUGCAUAUAUGAAUGGGGUUUAUAUUAAAGUGCAGUGUUAGCGCCCCGAAAUCUUCAUGAGAGUUUUGCUUGAAGACCUUUUUUCUUUGUUUAUUGCUUCUUGAACUUCUAUCAGUAUAGCAAAUUGGUCUAUUCUGUCAUUUGCUAGUUAGUCUACCGAAUAUGAUAAUUAAUAAACUAGAUGCAAGAUAAAUAUUUUUGAA